ACAUGCAACAGGUUGUAUAGUUUAUUAGUGAUUAGACUUCACCUGACUCGCCAGUGUGGCUGUUCUGUGUGGUUCUGUGCGCACACUGGACUUUUGUGGUUGGUCUAGGUCCCUCAAACCCAUAAACGAUGGGGAUUUGUUUGUACAGCGUGAGAGAAUAUUGUGACCGACCGAAAAAUACGAAUAUUAGACCAAGUUUCCCUGCUGUUUGCUUCGUUUGGCAAAUUGCCAUGAUUAUUCUCUUUGGAGUUUUCAUUCGUUAUGAUGAAGAAUCCAACACUCACUGGGUGGAACAUAAAAAGUCACACAAUAUCACCAGUGAUGCUGAGAAUGACUUCUACUUCAGAUAUCCAAGCUUCCAGGACGUGCAUGUGAUGAUCUUUGUGGGCUUCGGCUUCCUCAUGACCUUCCUGAAGCGCUACAGCUUCAGCGCUGUGGGCUUCAACUUCCUCAUCGCAGCAUUUGGCAUCCAGUGGGCGCUGUUGAUGCAGGGCUGGUUUCACUCGCUGGACCCCAUGGAUGGCAAGAUCAAAAUUGGAAUAGAAAGCUUGAUCAAUGCAGACUUCUGUGUGGCGGGCUGUUUGAUAGCCUACGGAGCCGUCCUGGGAAAAGUCAGCCCCGUUCAACUGUUGGUGAUGACAUUAUUUGGUGUGACAUUGUUUGCCGUAGAGGAAUAUAUCAUCCUCAACAUCAUCCAUGCCAAAGAUGCUGGGGGAUCCAUGGUGAUUCACACGUUUGGAGCUUAUUAUGGUCUGUCCAUUUCAUGGGUCUUAUACCGACCAAACUUGGAACAGAGCAAGCAUCUCCAAGGAUCUGUGUACCACUCAGAUGUCUUUGCCAUGAUUGGAACCCUGUUUCUGUGGAUGUUCUGGCCAAGUUUUAACUCCGCAAUCACAGACCAUGGUGACGGGCAGCAUCGUGCAGCAAUCAACACCUACCUGUCCUUGGCCUCCACGGUCCUCACCGCGUUUGCCAUCUCCAGCCUCUUUGAGAAAAAGGGCAAAGUUGACAUGGUACACAUCCAGAACUCCACUCUGGCCGGUGGAGUUGCCGUGGGAACAGCAGCAGAGUUCAUGCUGAUGCCAUAUGGGUCUCUGAUUGUGGGUUUCUGCUGUGGGAUCAUCUCCACCUUAGGUUAUAUCUACCUAUCACCGUUCUUGGAGCGUAAGCUCAAGAUCCAGGACACCUGUGGCAUCCACAAUCUUCACGCCAUGCCCGGUGUCAUCGGGGGCAUAGUCGGUGCAAUCACUGCUGCGACCGCCAGCACGGGAGUCUAUGGGAAAGAAGGGUUGAUAAACACUUUUGACUUUACGGGGGAUUUUGCACAGCGGACGCCUUCCAUUCAGGGAUUGUGCCAGGCAGUUGGGCUGUGUGUGUCCUUAGUCUUUGGCAUUGGUGGAGGUAUUUUAGUAGGUUGUAUCCUGAAGCUGCCCAUAUGGGGGGAUGUGGCAGAUGAGCACUGUUUUGAUGACAAGUUCUACUGGGAGGGCUUGGUGAAGGAAGCAGUUCUGCAGGAAGCAGUUCUGCUGAAAGCAGAGCCCUUGGAAGCCAAAGAACCCAAAAGGUUUGACUGACCUGGAGGAGACUCUGGACACCACAUCUGAUCGCGUAAACUCUAUAGAAUCCACCGUUUCAAUAAAGAACUAUUUUUGUGGUUAAAA